AUGGCCGCUUACUGCGAGCUGUUGGAAGAGCUUCCCGCGGCCUGCCUGUCGCCGUGCGGACCGCCCAACCCCGCGGAGCUGUUCAGCGAGGCGCGGCGCCUGGCUCUCGAGCAGCUGCUGGCCGGCGGCCCCAACGCCUGGGCCGCCUUCCUCCGGCGCGAGCGGCUGGGCCGCUUCCUCAAUGCCGACGAGGUGCGAGCCGUUCUGAGUGCCGCCGAGCGGCCGGGCGAGGACGGCGCGGCGGUGGCCGAGGACUCGUUCGGCUCCUCUCACGACUGCUCGUCGGGCACCUACUUUCCCGAGCAGUCGGACCUGGAGCCGCCGGCGUUGGAGCUCGGCUGGCCCGCCUUCUACCGGGGCGCUUACCGCGGUGUCACGCGCGUCGAGGCGCAUUUCCAGCCCCGCGGCGCUGGCGCCGGUGGCCCGUACGGCUGCAAGGAUGCGCUGCGCCAGCAGCUGCGCUCCGCCCGAGAGGUGAUUGCUGUGGUAAUGGACGUUUUCUCAGACAUUGACAUCUUCCGAGACCUACAGGAGAUCUGUAGGAAUCGAGGGGUGGCUGUGUACAUCCUUCUGGACCAGGCUCUGCUCUCCCACUUUUUGGACAUGUGCAUGGAUCUGAAAGUUCAUCCUGAGCAGGAAAAGCUGAUGACAGUGCGGACUAUUACAGGAAAUAUCUACUAUGCAAGGUCAGGAACAAAGGUUGUUGGAAAGGUUCAUGAAAAGUUCACACUGAUUGACGGCAUUCGGGUGGCCACAGGCUCUUACAGUUUUACAUGGACCGAUGGCAAAUUAAAUAGCAGUAACUUGGUCAUUCUGUCUGGCCAAGUGGUUGAACAUUUUGAUCUGGAGUUCCGGAUCCUGUAUGCCCAGUCAAAGCCCAUCAGCUCCAAACUCCUGUCCAACUUCCAGAUCAGUGGCAAGUUUGACCACCUGGCUGACCGAAAACCACAUUCGAAGGAGCCCACACUGGGCAAUCUGCUGCGCAUCCGGCUGGCCAGACUCUCAAGUACACCCAAGAACAACCUGGGUCCACAAGUGCCGCCAGAAGACAGAGCCAAAACCAGGCGCCAUGACUCUGAGGCUUCUACCAUCAGUGAUGAAGACUAUUUCUACAGCCACAAGGAUCAACUAGAGGAUAGCAAGGUAGUUGAUGCUGCUACCCAAACAGAGCCAGGUGAAGAGAUGGUCGCAGUAAGCCUGAGUGAGGUGGGAACACAGACCAGUUCCAGCGUGGCCUGUGUUGGGAUCCAAACCACAGUAGUCACAAGGGCGGCAAGCUCCCAGGCCACAGUAUGGUCCAAGUCCACUACCACGCAGACUGAAGUUGAUGAGAGCUUCCUUCCUCAGGGUGCCCAGUCUAAAGAAGGGUCACCUGCAUCAAGGAUGUCGGUGUCGAGAUCUUCUAGUUUGAGGUCAUCCUCUUCGAUGUCUUCCCAGGGCUCAUUGGCAAGCUCUGUCAGUUCCCAUGUUUCCCUAACAGCCCCUGACCUCCGCACUCCUAGAUACCCCAAUUACCUGGGUCUGGGCACCCCCCACCUGGAUCUGUGCCUGAGGGACUCAUUCAGAAAUUUGAGUAAAGAGCGGCAGGUGCACUUCACUGGCAUCAGGUCCCGGCUCAACCAGAUGCUGACCGUGCUGUCAAGGAGAACACUCUUCUCAGGACACUACCUCAGCUACAGUCCUGGAGCCUUUACUAGAGCUUCUGUGAACCUGGUUUCUGUUAGGGACAUAGCACUUCAUCCUCCCUGUCAGUGA